CUUCAUUUUGCAAUAUGCAAGGAAAACUUUACACUCGUUAAGCUUCUGCUUGAGCAUAAUGCCGACCCUAACUGUCCUAAUGAAGAUGGAGAAACUCCGCUUUAUCUCGCGACUAUAAGGCGUAACGAGCCUAUUGUUAAGUUACUACUUAAAAAAGGCGCCAACCCUAACUGUGCUGAUCACUAUGGAGGGAAUGCGCUUAACUUUGCA